AUGAAGAUACCCAUCUCCCCGGAAUAUGAUGAUACCUGGUAUUGGCAUGGGGAUCCAAGAGGAGAGUAUUCUGUUAAAAGUGGAUAUAAGCAAGUAAUGGGAAAUUAUCAACAGACUGAUGGGGUAUUUACAAAAUGGUUAUCCCUAUGGAAGCUAAAAAUCCCCCCAAAAUGGAGAAUGUUUCUAUGGAGAGCCAUUAGUGAUAUAUUUCCUACUACUACAAACUUGAUUAUAAAGAGGGUGUAUGUGGAUCCACGAUGUGCCAUGUGUGGAUUAUCUCAAGAAGACACAAUGCAUGCCUUGGUGUUGUGUGAUUUUGCAAGGAACAUUUGGGAUAAAUCUAACCUCACAAUUCCAAAUAUAAUCACAAAUAUUUUUUAUGUUUGGUUUGAUGAACUUCUAAAUGUUCUAGACUCUGAUGGGAUAUUAUAUGCAGUAGCAAUACUUUACAAUGUUUGGAGAGCAAGGAACAGGGCCGUUUGGGAAGCAACAUUACCACGCCCGGAGGUGGUGCUCAAGACCGCCGCUGCUGCCAAGCUGGCGUGGACACGGGUGCACCCACAGCCCACGGCCCUAGCCACCACGCUCCCAGCUAUGCCGAACCCGCUGCAAGGAAGCGCCGAACUCCAUGCUGCGAACCUGCUCACUGCCGAGCCGCCUGGACCACCAAGGCGAUUAUGCCGUGUGGAUGGGGGGUACAUGCAAGAGACAGGACAGGCUGCUUUGGGGGCAGUCUUACUAGACACGGACGGGGGAUAUGUCUCGGCAUACAGUGGACCACUACAAGGAUGCUCCUCGCCACUUAUGGCUGAGGCACUCACAUGUAAAGAAGCUCUAUCAUGGUUGAAGGAUCGGGGAGAGCAGAAUAUUGAGGUAUAUAUGGACUGCCUGACACUACAUCGCUACCUUACUACACCAACCGUUGUGUUGCGCACGUAUCUAGGCUAUGACAUUGACACUUGCAGGCUUAUUGCAUCUUCGUUUCAGUCUUGUUCGUUUCAUUUUAUUCCUAGAUUAGAAAACCAUCUAGCUCAUGCUUUAGCUACUACGGCUUAUCAGCAAACUGCAACUAUGUAUUGGGAUCUACUCCCACCGGAUAUUAUUUCGGCCUACUUUUAA